AGCAGGCGGAGAAAUUGGUUGUAGGUGAAAAAAAUGCAAAGAUUCCCAUUUUGUUUUCGUGUACCGUAGCGCGCUCUUAGCUCGUAGCGAAGAAGUGGCAGAGACCUUUCGUCUCCCUCGUUUCUUUCCUUCCUUUACAAAACUCCUUCACUCCUUCCCGUUUUAUCGUUAACAAGAUUUUUAUGUGUCUGUACUGAAAGCUGACACCUCGCUUCCGUCCCCUGCGGAGUCCUCUGCCGCUCUCAAGGUCCACCGUACGGCCAUGGCGGCUGUAGCUGCUGCCAAUUUUCACUCCUUUCAAUUCCCUUCUUCAUCCGUCGCCGUUGCGGCCUCUCACUCUUCCUCCAAGGCCAGCGUCCACUUCAGCGCCUUCAAACCCGCAUUUCCCGCUGUUCACACUGGGAAGUCGAGGUCUUUCAGCGUUAUCUCCUGCGCUGCUUCGAAUGGUAGGAAACCGGAGUCGGCUGACGGUGGGUCGAAGAGUGAGAAGAAGAUUCUUGAAGAGAAACGGCGCGCCGAAUUGUCGGCUCGAAUUGCCUCUGGAGCGUUCACUGUCGAGGAAUCUGGUUUUCCAUCCAUUGUAAAGAAUGGAUUGUCGAAAUUGGGAGUUCCAGAUGGGGUUUUGGAGGUGAUGUUCAAAUGGGCUGAUGCCAAACAGGAUUAUCCAAAGAUCCCAGAAGCUAAAGGCGCCAUUAGUGCCAUCAGGAGUGAGGCCUUCUUCAUACCCUUGUAUGAGCUUUUCCUCACAUAUGGCGGAAUUUUUCGGUUGACUUUUGGUCCAAAGUCAUUCCUUAUUGUUUCUGAUCCUUCCAUAGCAAAGCACAUCCUAAAGGAUAACUCGAAGUCGUAUUCUAAGGGUAUUUUGGCAGAAAUUUUGGACUUUGUCAUGGGAAAAGGAUUGAUUCCGGCUGAUGGGGAGAUAUGGCGUGUUAGAAGACGAACUAUUGUCCCUGCAUUGCAUCAGAAGUAUGUAGCAGCUAUGAUUGGCUUAUUUGGACAAGCAACAGACAGGCUUUGCAAGAAGCUAGACACAGCGGCAUCAGAUGGGGAAGAUGUGGAGAUGGAGUCACUUUUCUCGCGUUUGACAUUAGAUAUCAUUGGGAAAGCUGUUUUUAAUUAUGAUUUUGAUUCAUUGACUAAUGACACUGGUAUAGUAGAGGCUGUUUACACAGUUUUAAGAGAGGCAGAGGAUCGAAGUGUUUCGCCGAUUCCUGUGUGGGAGAUCCCUAUUUGGAAGGACAUCUCACCUCGGCAAAAGAAAGUUAAUGCAGCCCUCAAAUUGAUCAAUGGGACACUUAAUGAACUGAUUGCCAUAUGCAAGAGGAUGGUGGAUGAAGAAGAGCUACAGUUUCACGAAGAAUACAUGAAUGAACGAGACCCCAGCAUUCUUCAUUUCUUGUUGGCUUCAGGGGAUGAUGUUACUAGCAAGCAACUCCGGGACGACCUGAUGACGAUGCUUAUAGCUGGACAUGAAACGUCUGCUGCAGUGUUGACUUGGACAUUUUAUCUCUUAUCCAAGGAGCCAAGUGCUUUAUCAAAAUUGCAGAAUGAGGUUGAUGCUGUUCUAGGUGAUCGGUACCCUACCAUAGAAGAUAUGAAGAAACUCAAGUACACAACUCGAGUAAUCAAUGAGUCUCUUAGGCUCUAUCCACAACCCCCAGUCUUGAUUCGUCGAUCUCUUGGGAACGAUACACUCGGAAAGUACCCUAUAAAAAGUGGUGAAGAUAUAUUCAUCUCAGUAUGGAAUCUCCAUCGGAGUCCUCAUCAUUGGGAGGAUGCAGAUAAGUUCAAUCCCGAAAGAUGGCCUCUGGAUGGACCAAAUCCAAAUGAAACGAAUCAGAACUUCAGUUACUUGCCAUUUGGUGGAGGGCCAAGGAAAUGUGUAGGAGACAUGUUUGCUACCUUUGAGACAGUAGUUGCUGUUGCUAUGCUGGUUAGAAGAUUUAACUUCCAAAUGGCACUCGGAGCACCUCCAGUGGAGAUGACGACAGGGGCUACGAUCCACACGACACAAGGUUUGAAGAUGACAGUGACAAGAAGAAUUGUGCCUCCAAUAAUGCCCUCUUUGGACACACAGUUAUCGGAAGUGGACUCAUUACCAUCAUCUCCAUCGUCGUCGUCAUCAUCAUCAUCAUCUGUUUAUGUUUCUGGGGGCUAAACUCUGAAGUGCAGGGUGAAAAGUUUAUCCCGUCCAUUCAUGAGGUUCCAACCUUACACGCCGUAGUAAAUAGAAUAUCAUUCAGAUGAUUUAUCAGACUGCAGAGUGAGGAAAAUGAAUCGAAUAGAUGACAGAAAAUGGGUAAAAGAAAUGCAGAAAUGCAAGUUCUUAAGGUAAUCACAUUGUUGGAGGAUAUCGCAGAGACGGAUAUCUGAAGGAGAUUGGGAUGUAUAACUUGCAAUUCUGCGAAUCCAAGUUCUCCAUUCAUGGUCCUCUUUGGGCAAUCUAAUACAUGUUUGUUUAUCAAAGAAGAAAGGAUUAAUAGCUCUUUGUGCCCUUAUAUUUUGACCUGUUCAAGCCAGUUGGCGGACUGAAAAAUAAAAGCUAAAAAGGAAACUUGCAAUUUGCUAAGGCAGGCGCGAAUCAGUGUAAACCCCAGAAACAGUGAACUAUAGCAAUUUCCCUUAUCUCAAGUUUCAAGUAUUUCUACCUAUAGCAGCAUUGUUUUACAUAUACACAUACGUUUUACAAAUGCACCUCACGUAAUUUCGUAAAAGUUCGAUUACAAAUAAAUGCACACAAACAGCUCCAAAGUAUCCAAUUUCUCAUUUAACGCCUGUAUUCAUCGCCACAAUCACCGAUCACUUCCAUCAGAUCCCUCCCUUUCUUGCUCACUUCCAGUAUGCUGUUCACGUCUUCUUCAUCCAGUUCUAAAGCAAACACGGCAUUCGAGUCUUUGACAUGUUCUGAUAAACCAAGCCGAACGCCUACCAUCGACCCUGCCACUGCUGGCUGAUCUAGUAUGUACUUCACGGCAACGGUGGGAAUGGAGACGCCAUGUUUGGAGGCUACUUUCUUAAGGGUCUUCAACAGAACUUGGAAUUGACCCCAUCCUCCCCAUGCAUCUACCAUCCUUUUGUACUUCUGAAGCGAAGGAGUGUUCAGAGGAGGACCGGCAAAAGGGAUGGAUAAGUUGGUAUCUAAGAACUUCUCAGAUAACAGCCCUCCCAUUACAGUUCCAUACGUUAUAAGUUUAACUCCAGUGGCUUCACAUAGCUCUGCCAUUUUCUGCUGAGGUCGCAUGUCAACAAUCGAAUGUUGCACCUAAGGGGAUCCAGAAAGCAAUCCUCAGAGUUCAAUCAAUAAAAAACGCACCUCAAGAAUGAUUUGCAGCCGCUCAGUAUCGAAAUUUUGUUAGUUUUCCUAAAGCACCUGGUUGCUGACUAUUGGGAUUCCGUUCUCCAAAAUGAUU